AUGGCUAGCGUUCUAACGAUAAGACUUAUAUGGCUAGAUCCGCCGUACGCGAACGAAGAUGACAAUCCUCUAAAUCCGCUAGCACGAGAAAGGCAUAUAGCUUCGACGCCUUACGAACCACCGAGCUUGCCGGGCCGCUCGAAUACACAGCAAGAUGUAGAAUCCCAUGAUGCGCCGCUGAUCGCCGAGCUUUCUGCAUUGGCUAUAAGUGGUGAUGGUCCAGCGCCGUCGGGCGUCGCAAUCUACAACCCGAUCGGCUUCAGUCCUGCCGAAGCAUCCACCCAACCGCCACCACUCACUGGGCAACAUGACAAGUAUUAUCAUGGGUAUAAUAACCAGAGUUUCCAGUUGGAUGGCAAUGCCCAGGUCUCCUCGCCCGAGGCUUAUCACACGAUGCGAUCGGUAACCCCAUCCCCGUCGUCGCCCAGUCUAUUUUAUCACGAUGAUCAUGCAGUUUUCGAGCCGGGGAGUGCUUCACACACGUCAGAUAUAGGUGGCGGAUUCACAUCAUCGUCAACAUCGGCUCCAUCGCCUAGUGGCCCGGACGACCCGGUCCUCGACGGCUUUCUCCGAUCAAUCUACGAGCAGGGUGCGCUGAUUUCCUACGCGCACAAAGUAGCGUGUAUGACAAAGUAUUCAGGUCGUUCUUUGCCCGUGAAUGCGAAUGUAAUUGUAACCAGUUGA